AUGACCUCGAGCUCCCUCCCGCUCCUCGCCCUCCUGGCCCUGCUGGCCCUGCCAGGGCUCCGGGCGGCCAUGACCCUGCUGGAGUGCGGGGGGGACCUCCAGCCCCCCGGGGGGUCCCUGACUCUGCUCUGCCGCACCUCCGGGUUCAGUUUUGGCACUUAUGACAUGCUGUGGAUCCGCCAGAGCCCGGGCAAGGCGCUGGAAUGGGUUGCGCAGAUCCACCCCAAAGAUGGCAGCACCUUCUAUGCGCCGUCAGUCAAGGGCCGGGUCACGAUCUCCAGGGACAACGGGCAGAGCUCGGUGACGCUGACCAUGAACAACCUCAAGGACGAGGAUUCCGGCGUUUAUUUCUGUGCCAAGGCUGCCAGUACUGGUGCUAAUUCUCCUUGGGCUGUUGGUGCUCAUGGAUUUGCCGUCAACCCCAUCUGUGCAUGCCCACCUCCCCCCGGGGGGUCCCUGGCCCUUGUGUGCCGCGCCUCUGGAUUCAAUUUUGGGAGUUUUGGAAUGUGCUGGGUUCGACAGAGCCCCGGGAAGGCGCUGGAAUGGGUGGCCGGGAUCCACGCCAAUGGUGCCAGCAUCGCCUACGCGCCGUCGGUCAAGGGCCGGUUCACGAUCUCCAGGGACAACGGGCAGAGCUCGGUGACGCUGACCAUGAACAGCCUCAAGGACGAGGAUUCCGGUGUUUAUUUCUGUACCAAGGGUGCUGCUGGUCAUGCUGCUGAUAACGAUGCUGUUUUUGACCUGUCCCCAUCGAUGUCCCCAAACCCCAACUGUUGA